AUGAGGAUAUAUCGCACACAUUGGUUUCAAGCAGAGGAGUACUUUGUACAACAGCAACGGUAUUACAGUGGUACUCAAUGUUCCAUACCGGGCUGUGUUUUAGAAACAAAUGUUUCCAAGGCUGAUAUCGUGGUAUUCAGUCACAGACGUAUUCCUAAACAAGUGAUUAAGAAAGAAAAAGGACAGAUCUGGGUGUUUAACACGGCAGAAAGGAAAGUCCGUACCACACUUAGUCCAAACAAAGACUGGAUGAAACAUUUUGAUUUAUCCAUGUUGUAUAUGGAGGAAUCAGAUAUUUAUGUACCAUUCUACGGGAUAUUGCAAAAAAUACAAGAACCCGUCAUCAAAAACUACACUGGAAUACUCAGCAAGAAAACUAAAGACGACGUAUGGGUUUCAAGCAACUGUCCAACUCCUUCGAGAAGAGAAAAAUUAGUUGAAGACCUAAGUUAUACAACAGAAAAACUGUUUUCACUUUAUUUAAACCGUGCUCACGUGAUAGCUGUUAUUAACGGACCAAAAGACGCCAGUCAAUAUCUUCCUAAAGGAACUUAUAUUAACAGUCAGGAUUUCCCUUCUGUCAGACUUUUAGCCAAAGAAUUGAUCAGAAUAGGUUUCAAUGAAACGGAAUACAUAAGCUACUUAAUGGAGAAGGACAAUUUCCAAAAUCUUUUUGAAAAACCGUUUUAA